GACACUCUUCACCCAUCACUCCCCAGACACUCUCACAGUCUCCAAAGCCACAUUACUCCUCCACCGAUCGAAACUCGAUCCUUGACAUCAGUAGGUCCUUCACCCCCCUUCAAGAGACCAUUGGAGCCUCGCUGAUCAUCAAUUACUAGGACAUAAUGCCUUUCGUGUGCCAGCACUUUUCGGACUACACCUGCACCAACACGGUGGAGGUCAAGGACACGCUCUGUAGCCAGUGCGAGCAGGGCAAGUGUGGUCAGUCUGGCAUCUCGUGCUCCAAGAACAGGGCCUUGUACCGCUCCGAGACCACCACGGACACGAGCACAGACACAAGCACAACCACGACCACGACCACGACCACGGGUAAUUGAGGAGACUGGGCUUUUCCUGUCUUGAUUUUGGGAAAGGGGGAAGCGGUUACAAGGAUACAAGGCAUAGAAUGAAAAUGAGGGUGCAGGCACCAGGGUUUUUUUCACAUCUUGAUUUUGGGAAAAGGAGAAGCGGUUACCAGAAGGACACGGGUAUAGAAUGGAAAUGAGACACUAGGGGGUGGGAUAGAGGACAUUUUU